AUGGGAACCUCCGUGGCGCGGGGCUGGCGCGGCGCCCGGUCCCGCCCGGUCCCGCCCGGUCCCUCCCCGCCCUCCCGGCGGCGGCGGAGGCGGGGCCGGGCCGGGCGCAGGAUCUGUCCGGGCGGCGCGGGGCCGGGCAGGGCGCAGCAUGGGGCCCCGGGGCUGGACCGGCACCGGCUGGCGCUGCUGGCGGCCAAGGAGGACGUGGGCAACCCGCGGGCGGCCACCAACUGGGCCGUCUUUGCCUACGAGAAGCACCAUGACCUCAAGCUGCUGGACUCCGGAGCCGGGGGCGCGGACGAGCUGGCCGGCAAGUUCUGCGCCGGCAGCGUCAUGUACGGGCUGUGCCGCCUCCGGGACCCCGCCACCGGCGCCCCCCGCAUCGUCCUCAUCAGCUGGGUCGGGGAGAAGACGCCCGAGUCCCAGCGGCAGGCGUGCGCGGGGCACCUGCCGGCCAUCAGAGCCUUCUUCAGGGAGGCCAGCGUGGUGCUGAGCGCCCGGCGCGCCGAGGAGGUGACCCAGGAGGGGCUGAGCCGCGCUCUGGCCCAGCUGGCCCCCGCCGCGGCCCCCCCGGCCAGGAGGGCCCCCCCGGCCGACACCGAGGAGCUGGUGGGCACCAACUACCGCAAGACGAACCCGGCGCUGGAGAUCCGCCGGACCCAGCGGGACUCCUUCUGGGCGCAGGCCGAGCGCGAAGAGGAGCAGCGCAAGGAGGAGGAGCGGCGGCGGCUGCUGGAGGAGCGGCGGCGGUGGGAGCGGGAGCGGAUGGAGGAGGAGAGGCGGGAGGCGGCCGAGCGCGAGCAGCGCUUCAGGGAGAAGGAGCGGCUGAUCGAGGAGCACCGGAAGGAGCAGGCGCGGCUGGAGGCGGAGGAGCGGAGGAAGGAGAAAGCCCGCUGGGAGCAGCAGCAGCGGGAGCACGAGGAGGCCACGCGGGACCGCUCCCGGCGCUCCGAGUCCAUCGAGAAGGCGGCCGAGGCGGCCGUGCUGGUGUCCCAGCGCCCGCAGAACCCCCGGGAUUUCUUCCGGCAGCGGGAGCGCGCGGGGUCCGCCUCCGGGGCUCCGCUGCCCGCCGGCCCCCUGGGCGCCCGGCCCGGAGCCCGGCGGCCGUUCCUGCGGUACCAGCGCAGCCUGACCGAGUCAGCCUUCAUCUUCCGCCGGCCGGAGCCCCCGCCCUCGCCCGCGCCCCUCGACCCCGGGGCUUUCAGGGCGGCGCCCCCCCCCAGCCCCCGCCGCCCCCCGCCGCCGCUCCCCGCCAGCCCCGCGGGGACGGGGCCCCCCCCUCGCUGUGCCGCCGCGGGGGCUCCCAGCCCAGCCGGGGCAGGGCCCCCCCCGACCCUGCCGGGGUCCCCGCCCCCCGCCAGCCCCCCCGGGUCGGGGCCCCCCGACGGCACCCGUGGGGCAGAGCCCGAGCCCCCCCGCGGCACUCCCGGGCUGCCCCCCCCCAGCAGCUCCGGCGGGGGGCUGCCGCCCCCGAGCCCUCCCUGGCAGCCCCCCCCGGGGCCGGCCGUGCCGUCCUCCACCGACAGCGCGGGGGCUGAGGCUCUGCCUCUGCCCAGCCCCCCCGGCACCCCCCUGGAUGAGGAGGGCCCCCCCAGGGCACCCCUCCCCUCCCCAGCCCCCCGGCUUGGGGGUCUCCGGGGCUGCCGGUGGGGCCGGGUGAGGGGGCCCUGAGCCCCCGGGGGGGGUCUCCUCCCCCUGGGCUGGCACCCGCCCCGGUGCCCCCGCGUGGCCCCAGCCCCCCCAGCCCGCCGCAGGAUCCGGCCCUCCCCAGCCUGACAGCCCGGGAGCCACA